GACGGCCGCCGUUUGGUGCUGGAGUUACACGACGUGGCCCAUAUACUGCAUUUGUGGACGGGAAUCCCUCUUGGCAAAAUGACAGAAGAUGAGGUUUCCAGAGUCCUUCGCCUCGCGGAUAUUCUGUCUCUUCGCGUCAUCGGCCAGCACCAGGCAGUGAAGGCGGUAGCAGACGCUUUGGCAAUCCAGAGGGCGGGAUUGAACCCCAAGAACAAACCGUUGGGCACAUUCAUGUUCCUCGGCUCUUCAGGCGUGGGUAAGACAGAGUUGGCGAAGGCUGUUGCUGAGGAGAUGUUCGACUCCGAAAAGAACUUGAUUCGCUUAGACAUGGUGGAGUAUCAGGAGGCACACAGUAUCUCGAGGCUUAUCGGCCCUCCCCCCGGGUAUAUGGGCAACGACGAGGGCGGCCAGCUGACAGAAGCAGUCCGGCAGAAACCUCACAGCGUCGUCCUCUUUGAUGAAGUCGAAAAUGCCCAUAAAAACCUCUGGUCUCUUCUGCUGCCGAUGUUAGACGAGGGUCAUUUAUCGGAUUCAAAGGGGAAUCGCGUGGACUUCACCAAUUGUCUGAUCAUUUUGACUUCAAACAUCGGGCAGCAGUUCAUUCUUGAAGGGUACAAAGAGGCUCGCGCUUUGUCAGGGUCGAAUGAGAAGGGAGGAGCAGCAGACGCAGCAGCAACAGGAGGAGCAGAAGACGGCAGCAGUGGGAAAGGCUCUGGAGCUUCGUCCGUUGGGGGCUUUAAAGGAACAGGCAAAUCCCCUAAAGAUGUCUUGAGACGCAUGAGACAGAAAGUGCUGAAGGAAGUCUUCGGAUACUUUAAACCGCAAGUUAUAGGCAGGAUGAGCGAAAUCAUUAUAUUUGAGCCACUAAACGAUCAGGCGCUGAAGGGAGUGUUGGGUCUCAAGCUGUCUUCGCUGACAAAAGGUUUGGCGGCGCGGGGUGUUGACUUCAAAGUGGCCGACUCUGCAAUGACGUACAUCCUUGAAAGAGCCGCCUCCUAUAAGUAUGGAGGGCGCAGAAUGGGCAAGUACCUAGAGAAGUACAUUAAACCUCGCGUUGCUCCAUUGUUGAUAUCGGGCAAGCUGAAGCGUGGAGACCGGGCAGUAUUGGCCCGCUCAAACACCAACCCCAACCAACUAAACCUCAUUGUAUGCGAGCUAGAUGAAUCUGGAAACUGCAGACCAGGGACGAAGUACGGCACGAAGUUGGUGGUUCAGGAGGCAAAGCCACAAGACGACAAAGAUGAGGAGGAGUCUUUGGAUUGA